CUCGUCUUCACCUUUAUAAGCAGACGACAGGCAUUCAGUUGUUAUCGCACUUCAAUGGAAUGUUAAAUACUUUCAUAUAAAAAGAAACCAGUUCAAGCAUUGCGUACACGAUGCAAAGUACUUUAGCAUCGAUGUCUCAAGUCUAUGAGAAGACUGAUCAAAAUUUGGCGAACAGUUCUGAGUCUACAAACUAUGGUCUCGGUUUAACAAAAAAACUUAAAAUGCCUCUUAUUAUGCAUAAAAGUACAACUCUGCUUCAAACGCUCCAAGAAAAUCUUGUCUCUAAAGAAAAACCAAAACAUGAGAAACAAUCAUUAAAUACCCAAGAUGUAGAAUGCAAACUAUUUUCCUUGCAUAGUCGACUCCGACAGGAAGCUGAAAAAAUAAGGGAGUGGAAACUUUCCACAGAAGCUGAAAGCAAACAAAAAGAGAAAAAAAUAGGGGAAUUGACCCAAACUAUUGAGAAUCUUAGAAAAUCUUUCAUAGAAUUGCAAAUAGAAAAUGAAAACUUAAGUCAAAAGAUGCAAGAAGAAAUUAGCAACAGAGAAGAAAUUUUGAAAAAAAUUGAUUUUACUCGAAAAAUGUGUAACAUUGUCAAAGAACAUUCUCAAACUGUAGAGAAUAAAAUGAUGCAAUGUGAAGCAGAAAGCAAUGAAUUAAAAUAUAAAGAAAGAGAACAUUUUGAAAAAUUUGAAGAACUUUCAGUAAAAUUCAAUGAUUUAAAUAUUUCAGCCAAAGACGAAGAAAAUAAAUUAAAAAAUGAAAUUAAUAAUAUUGUUCAGGAGAAGGAAAAGCAGAGAAAAGUUUUAGAAAAGAGGAUAGCAGAUAUGCAGAAUAUCAAUAAGGAGUUACAGAAUGAAAUUAGUUGUAGAAAUGAAAAGUUGGAACAAUUAAAUAAAGAUUUACAUGAUGCUAAAGAGGAGAAAGAUCAACUAAAGUUUGAUUAUGAAGAAUCUAAGAAAUGUCUUUCAGAAGUGGAAUUUAAAUACACAACCCUUAAAUUUGAAACAACUGAGAAAAGUAAUGAAGCUUUAUUAAUAAUGGCUUCUUCAGAAAAUCUUUUAAAAGAAGCAAAUGAAGCUUACGAAAAACUAGAAAAAGAAUGUGGAGAAUUAAAUGUUAAAUAUACAUCAGCAAAUAAAAUGAUUGAAGACUUGAAGAGUGAUAAAGAUAUCUUAGUUUUAGAGAAUGCAGAGUUGAGUGAAAAUCUAAAACAAGAAAUAAGCUAUAAAGACAAUCUACUGGCCCAGUUAAAUUCCAAAUCUGCCAAGAUAAAUAACCUCAAUAGCAACAUUAUACUGUUAAAUGAUGAAAUAGUCAAUGCAAAGGCUUUGAAUGUGGAUGCUGCUGAUAUGCAUGAAAAAACAAAAGAAAAACUUAAAACUUUAGAAGAAAAAUACAAAACCCUAAGCAAUGAGUCAGAAGUACUAAAAGGCAAAUUUCAAGAAAAAGUGGAACAAUUAAAUGAGGCCUUGAAAAACAUUGAAGAACUUAAAAAAACAUCUUCAGUUGAAUCUAAUGAACUGACAAAUAUUAUAUCAGAGCUAAGAAAUGAAAAUAAUCUGCUGGAAGAUGAAAUAUCUAAUCUAAAAACACAAAUGAAAAAUCAUGAAAGUAAAUAUUCUUCUCACAUUGGCAAAUUAAAUAAAACAAUUGAAGAAAAUGCAAUUUCAUUUAGUAAAUAUGCAGAUAUAGUGAAGGCAAAAGAAACAGAAAUUGAAGAAUAUAAAGAUAAACUUCAAACGAUACAAAAAGAAAUUGAUGAAUGUCAACAAGAAAAAGUAGUCUUAAUGGGUUAUCAAGAAGAACUUAAACAAAUGACAAUUUUGAAAGAAAAUGCAGUUCAAGAUAAGGAGAGAAUUUUAAAAGUAAGUGAAAAUCAAAAAGAAGAAAUGGUGAAUACUCUUGAAAAGUAUAAAAAAGAAAAUCAGAAAAUAUUUGACAUUAAGACUAAAGAAAUCUACGCAAAGAAUGAAAGUGAAAUCAAAGAACAAAAAUUGAAACAUGAAAAUGAUUUGAAAGAAAAAACAAGUGAAUUUGAGAAAGAGAUCUUACAGUAUAAAAGUGAAAUUUCUGAGCUAAGACAGAAUGUUCAAUAUCAAAUGGAGAACAAUAUCCAACUUGAAGAAAAAAUAGAUAUAAUGCUAAAGGAGAAAGAAAAUAUGAAAAAGGAAAUGUAUGAAAAUACCAUGCAAACAGUGUUUCCAACAAGAAAACAACCUCAAGUGGCAGUCCUGAUGACACCACAACAUCCAAUUAAUAUGACACCUUCAAGAAUAAAUGUAAAUUCCUUUAAAUCAAACUUCUUAACUUCCAAGAAGAGAAAAGUGGUGUUUAAUUCUGAUGAUAUGAUGCUUGUGUCUGAUUCAGACUCCUCAGUAUCUGAAUGCCAAAGGAACGAUAAAAUCACAAUAAGGACCCCAUUAUUGAAACAACACCAGAAGAACAUAAAUUCACCCAAGAAAGAUAAUGUUUCUGAUCAUAAGUUAGAAGAGGUGGUCCUUACUACUGGGAAUCAACAAAAUCUUGAAAAUAACAUUUCAGCAAGAAGUAGGAAAACCAGAACUUUGACUGGAAAUAAUAAGACAAAAAAAAGUCCAGUGAAACAAAAUUUAAAUACUGUUAAACCAAAGAGAGCAAAUGUGAAAAAAUCUGAAACUCAACCUGUAAAGAAGUUUUUCAAAUCCCCAAAGUCUAAGAGAUCACUAGCAUCUUCAAUUGACAAAUAUGCUUGGUUUGAUAUGGAUUCUGUGUUUGGGUUUGGAUCUGAUGAUUAAGGACACAAGUUAACAAUCAGAUUAUUAAGAGAACAAAAAGAAAAACAGAACCAAAUUAAAAAUAAAGAAUAUUUUAUUCCUAUGGAUAUUUUAUUAAUUCAAAUAUUGAAGACUGCCACUUGUGGUAAUAAUUUCUAUAUUUCGUUAUUCUGUUUUGGUUUUAUUUAAACAAUUUAUUUUUCUCUAAAAAGUAGAAUUUUAGCCAAAAUCAAAUUAUUUGGAUA